AUGUCUUCGUCGGUGCCUUAUGACCCAUACGUGACUCCUGAACAGGAUGAGACCAAUGAGCAGUCGCAAUCCAAGGCUGCUGCUUUGAAAGCUGAGAUUGAUGAUACAGUUGGUAUUAUGCGAGAUAACAUUAACAAAGUUGCCGAGCGUGGUGAGAGGUUGACCUCUAUAGAGGAUAAGGCGGACAAUCUAGCCAUCUCUGCGCAAGGUUUCAAGAGAGGUGCCAACAGGGUGAGGAAACAGAUGUGGUACAAAGAUCUAAAGAUGAAAUUCUGUCUAUUCGUUGUGAUUAUAUGUCUGCUGGUCGCAAUUGUUGUGCCAAUAGCAGUUCAUUUCAGUUGA